AGAACAUGUUAUAUUGUUCAUUCUUUCUCUUCUUCUCUCAAAUACUUAAUUCUAUAUCUAUCUUUUUUUACGUGCAAAAGUGGUAAUGUAGUAUAGCUAUAAAGAGCAGAUAGUGCAUUAUGGUGUAUACUACUUCUUGUAUGCAAUGCGCACAUUCUAGACACGUUGUGUAUAGUCUGAUGCAAUUUUGUGUGUGAGGUGUUUACGAGGACGAAAUAUAUGUACAUAUACAAAAAUGGCAGCCGCCUUUAGAAUUAAGCACGCUCUUAAAUUAGGAAGAUCUCUUUCAAGUUCGUUAAAUAGAAAUUUGCAGGAGAAAUUAGUUCAAUCACAAUGCCGGCGAUUAUCAGUCAUCUACAAUCAUGUACGAUAUUGGUCAUCUCAACCAGAGGUUCAAACAACAAAGUACCAUAAUAUUAUAAAAGACACGGAAAAAAGUACAGGUCAGAGUGCCAAGCAUGAAUUUCAGUCGGAGACACAGAUGUUAUUGCAGAUUGUUGCAAAAUCUUUAUAUUCAGACAAAGAGGUAUUUGUACGUGAGCUCAUUUCAAAUGCUAGCGAUGCACUGGAGAAAUUGCGAUAUCUACGUCUAAGUGACAACGCUGUUGCACAAGUAGCUGGUGACAGAAGUUUGGAGAUACAUAUUGGAACUGAUAAGCAAAAUCGUAUUUUGACAAUUCAAGAUACUGGAGUCGGAAUGACUAAAGAAGAAUUGGUAACCAAUUUGGGAACUAUAGCUCGAUCUGGUUCUAAAAAUGGAAAACUAAUUAAUACGAUUCAGCCAUUGUGGAUGCUUGAUCCAAAAGAUAUCACGCCAUUACAACAUGCGGAAUUUUACCGAUUUAUAGGAAACUGCUUUGAUUCACCAAGAUUUAUUCUGCAUUACUCGACGGAUGCGCCGUUGAAUAUCAAAGCUCUGCUAUAUUUCCCGCAGGAAAAGCCUGCAUUGUUUGAUCUGGCGAGAGACACUACCAGUGGAGUAUCGCUUUAUAACCGAAAGAUUCUAAUUAAAAGCAAAGCGGAAAAUAUUUUACCAAAAUGGUUACGUUUCGUUAAAGGCGUAGUAGAUUCAGAAGAUAUACCAUUGAAUUUAAGCCGCGAAUUAUUGCAAAACAGCCUAUUGAUUGGAAAACUGCGGAAUGUGUUGACCGCACGUAUAUUAAAAUUCUUACAUGAGCGAUCUACAAAACAGCCAGAAGACUAUGACGAAUUUUAUAAAACCUAUGGCUUAUUUUUGAAAGAGGGCAUUAUCACUAGUAAUGAUCAAUCUGAAAAGGAAGAUAUAGGUAAACUUUUACGGUUUGAAUCUUCUGCUGCUGCUCCGGGAGAAUUAGUUAGUCUACCGCAAUAUUGUAGUCGUCUAGCAAAAGAUCAAAAGGAUAUAUAUUAUUUAUCAGCGCCGAGCCGAGCUCUAGCCGAACAAUCGCCGUAUUAUGAAUCUUUAAAAAAACGAAAUAUCGAAGUUCUGUUCUGUUAUGAACCAUAUGAUGAAUUGGUAUUAAUGCAUUUGAGACAGUAUAAAUCUAACUUCUUGACAUCUGUAGAGAAAGAAAUGCGAGAUGAUACGGAAGCAAAUAAGCCAGAGAAUUUAGGUAUUAUAAAUAAAGAUGAGCUAGAUAAUCUUGUAAACUAUAUGAAAAAGAUUCUGGAUAAAAAAGCAUAUGAUGUGAAAAUGACAAACCGUUUGGAAUCACAUCCUUGUGUUGUAACCGUACAGGAUAUGGCAAGCGCUAGAUAUUUCAUCCGCACGCAGAGCCAACAAAUGAAUGAAGAAAUGCGAUAUUCCAUGCUUCAACCACGCUUUGAAAUAAAUCCAAAUCAUCCUCUCAUCAAAAAACUAUGUAAACUAACAACUACAGAUACCGAAUUAGCUGAUCGCCUGAUACAACAGUUGUUUACCGGUGCCAUGGUUGGAGCUGGUUUAAUCGAAGAUCCGCGUAUAUUAUUGACGCCUAUAAACGAGUUACUUACUUUAGCAUUACAAAAAUAUUAAAAUAUAGAGUAAUAAAUCGAGACACGUCGAUGUUUGGAUGCAAAUUGCAAUCGUUCCAAGACAAUUUUUUUUAAUAUGAAAAAUUUUAAAAUAUAGAGUAGUGGACCACAUUUUGAUGUUUGUAUAUUUGUAUAGAGACUGCAAUUGUUUCAAGAUAAUUUGCCUUAAUAUGAAUGUAUUGAAUGCAGAACUCUUACAUACAAAGUCACGUUUGUAUAAAUCGGUUAUUUCUUCCAUCCCCCGAAAAAACUUAAUCCCCCCGACAGCACGUUCAUCUUCUUCGCUAAUAGCGCUAUCAGCUAUCACAAUUAGACGCGCGGAUCCUUCAAAUCAUUCGAUUCGUACGCGUUGUACGCAUUCGUCUCGAAUAUAGUUCUUGAUUUGGACGGAAGUUAUACGAACCAACCAGUCGCUGUCGGAAUGUAACUUCAGUCGACAUGGAUGAUCAUGUUGUGUGAUUUAAAAAUAAAAGAAUAUUUUUCUUUA